AUGAAACCAUCCUCAUCACCGUCCUCGUCUUCCCCUGGUUCCGUCCCUGCCGCGACUGGAGCAGAAGUCAGGGGCAGGGGCGGUCCUGGCAUCGACGAGCUGGGCUGCCUUCCAACCUGGCUUCCUGCGGUGCUACCAGAAGUUUUCAAUGUGGCAGAUGAUGAGCCGCCAUCAGAAGAAGACUGGUUCCGCAGGGCGCGAAGCCUAUCGGAGAGGACGUCCUGCCUGGGGUCGGCGAGCGGUAAUACCAACCGGAACAAGUCGGAUUUUAACGAUGAACUCAUGAUGCGGUAG